UCUUCUGGCUUCCCGGUAACUUCCUCUGGAAAGCACAAACUCAGCUCUACAUACCCUAAAUAUGGUACUGCCUGACCACCUGCCCCUUCCACAUCUAAUAAAUUACGUAAUGGCAGAAUAGGCCGUGAAGGUAAAUGAAGCUUAUGAAAAGACUCGGACACAGUUGUCACCUGGGACCCAGUGUCGAGAAGACAUUCACACUGGAUUCCAUCCACAAUUAAUGCAGUGGUAUGCUUUGACCCCACUAGUGCAUUUAAAAGAGCUUCAUCUGACAUUUGAGUAAUGUUCCGACUCUUACUUUUAGGUUCCCAAUAUCUGGGGUCCUGCACUAACUGGGGACAAUACUUUGGUCGGGUCUCAGUACGUCCCUCUACUGAAACCUCGUCCAGUUUAAAGACUGGCUGUGCCUUGCCCCCCAUUCUUCUUGUUUAUUUCUUAAUUGUUGAUACUUUUUGUUCACCAAUUCUUUGUUUGAGGCCUUCCCACAUUGUCUAGCUAUAUGGCCAUCUUCUCCACAUUUAAAACAAAACCAAGGUCUGGGCCUUUGAGGCGUUAAAGCUUGGUGUGUCUUUACAUCAACUACUGCAGUGGGUAAGCCCUGCCCUGCAGCCACCUCAGAUUCACAUUCAUUUCUUCUUUGGGCUCUUUAUUCUGUGAGUUACACCUGCAGUCCCGCCACCUGCUUCCUUAACCCUUCAACCUCAGAUAUAUACUUCUGCAAUGUAUCAGUGCUACUAUCACUGCUAGGAGUGAUCUACGGUACAGUCUGAAGUUGCAAGAAGGAUUUCAUCCGGGAGCUCCCUAGAACUGUCGCGACUGAGCGGGACUUGAUGAAGAUGUACAAUCCUUGGUGGAGUAAAAAGGAGGAUCACUCUGCUGAGUUUCGCUCUAACCUGACCAACAAAUGCAACGCAGUAUCCAAAGCCAUCAUCACCCAGGCGAACACCCCAGUCGGAAAGAAGGUCAUAUAUGAUGGUGAAAAAGCAAAGAUGGAAGAAGUAACACGCAAACUCUUCAGCAUCUUUGUUAAGGAAUCACCAUUUGGGAAUGUGACAUGGGAGACGUGUGCCGUCAUUGGAAACGGCGGUAUUCUCAGCAACAGCAGCUGCGGACAGGAGAUAGACUCUGCCCAGUUUGUCUUCAGGUGCAACCUCCCUCCUCUUGGUAAGGAUUUCAAGAAACAUGUCGGCAACAAAACAAACCUUGUGACAGCCAAUCCCAGCAUCCUUCUGGAAAAGUUUGAGGGACUCACAGAAAGGCGCCGGCCCUUUGUGGAGAGCAUGGCUAGCUAUGGGGAUGCCCUGCUCCUGAUUCCUGCAUUUUCUUACACGCGCAACAUGGCUGUGUCACUGCGUGCUGCCUACACGCUAGAGGAGUUCCAAAGCCCCACACGGACUGUCUUCUUCAGCCCAUCAUACUUGCGGAGCCUGGCUCAGUUUUGGAAAGAUCAGGGCCUUCAGGUCCCCCGGCCCAGCAGCGGGCUGAUUGUGGCCAGCCUGGCACUGGAGCUGUGCAGCGAAGUGAGGCUGUAUGGUUUCUGGCCGUAUCUGCUGCACCCUGACACUCAGCAGACUCUCACAAACCAUUACUACGACAACCAGCAGAGUAUGCGGACGGUCCACAAUAUGCCUGCCGAAUUCAGGCACCUGCUGCGGCUUCACAGCCAAGGUGUGCUUAGGGUUCACCUGGGCCAGUGUGCAGCUAGAAGAGCAAUGAGCUUCUCUGAGGUUUGACUGCCCAUGAGGACCAGAAUGAACUUGUGUACAGCUUGGCAUAGCAUAGCUUUCUCUGGGAUGUUUAGAGUAAAUAUACCCUUCUGUUGUAUAUUGUCUCCUGAUGAUUUUGGCCUCUCUGUUAAAUUGUUUCCAGGUAGUUGUGUAUUUACUAGUGUUAAGUGCCAGUUUAGGGAUAGGACACCUUAAGACAUGGCGAAAAACCUCCAACACACGACAAACAAAAAUAAUCAGUAAAACAAAAGGUUUAUUAUAAAUAUGAA